UGCUGACUCUCCGCCGCCUGUCUCGGUGCAUCCCGGUCCUCCGCCGGUGUAGCCUGCCCCCGCUGCAUCCCUGAACCCGGACCGGCUCGGACCGGGUCGGCUCUCGGUCGUUGCGGUUCAGGUUCAGUCCGCCUGGAUCCGGCCGGAACAGAACCGAUCCCUGCCCCUGCACAGGCGGGGGAGAAGAGGAGAAAGCCUCCAUAGCAACAAACCGGUUUCACGGCAUUAUCGUGAUUUAGGGAUGUUGAGGAUGCUGGAAGCCUGACUGGACAGAACAACCCCAGAACCAGCCAGAUUACCAGGAUUACAAGCCGCCGUGCCAGGUGUAAAGCGGGACUGCUGGGACUCAACGGGCUCGUACCAGUAAUGUACUGGGUUUAGUGCCAGAUCUCUAACGGGGACCGCUGGGUCACAGACACUGCAGGAAGGUCACUGCGAGGGCAAACCAAUCCGGUAGACAGUAAAUCUGAAUUUCAGUUCCACUCCAUGGAUAGAGUCCAUCUACAGCCAUCGAACUGCCAAAGCGGCCUUUAGCCAGAACCUGAUCCCUCUGGAUUAAAACAUCAAUGAGAAAAACCUGAAUUUGAAGGUUCUUCUAGUGGAGCGGACUGUUUAAAAAGGACUGUAAAGGACUGUUCUCAGUAUUAAAAGGUUUUGAAUAAGAUCCCACUGGAUUUACAACAGGGUUACCUGAUCUCCUGGCGGACACAGGGACUACAUCUGCUACCUUUUUACUCGUAUUACAGGAACUUCAUUUAGGAUAAAAGGUACUACAGCCAGGACCAGGUACAGGUUACCUACUAGUCUUCUUACUGGUUCCAUGUCCAUAUUUUGAAGACCAUUACUGUGUCUGCAAAAAGGCUCUUAAUGGGAUUAUAAAAUGACCCUGGUGCUCGAAAAGGUACCAGGUACAAGCUGAAACGUAAAGGUAUUCUUGCCCGAACAAGCUAGAACCAGGUAAGCAGGAUUAGAGUCUCAGUUUGUCGUCGUUGGAAGAUGAAUCUUUUGUAGCAGGGUUUGUUUUUUUAUCGAUACCGGACCAGUAUUCACCAUGUCUUUGAGUAAGACCCUCGAGCUGGAGCACUUUGACGAACGCGACAAGGUUCGGCGGGGACGCUCCACCCGCACCAAGAGAGAUGAGUCCACCGGCAGCGCUGGCGGCGGCGGAGGGUCCGGGCCCAGCUCCCGGGGCAGCAGCCUGGUCCCGAGCCCCGCCCACAGCGCCAACUGCAGCUACUACCGGACCCGAACCCUGCAGGCGCUCACCUCGGAGAAACGGGCCAAGAAGGUUCGCUUCUUCCGCAACGGGGACCGGUACUUCAAGGGUUUGGUGUACGCGGUUUCCAGUGACCGGUUCCGCUCCUACGAUGCGCUGCUGAUGGAGUUGACGCGCUCAUUGGCCGAUAAUUUGCACCUGCCGCAAGGAGUGCGCGCAAUCUAUACUAUAGAUGGCAACAAGAAGAUCACCAGUAUGGACGAGCUGGUGGAAGGCGAGUGCUACGUCUGUGCCUCCAAUGAGCCUUACCGGAAGGUCGACUACGCCAAGAUCUCCAUCCCCAGCUGGAAGCCGGGCGCCGCCGUGGGGGCCGCCGCCUCCGGUCGGCCCGCCACGGCGUCCGCGGGGGUGUCAGCGAGCACCGGCGCCGCACCCUCCAAAGAGCGCCCCGAGAGCCGCGAGGGCAGAGAGAGCAAAGACUUCAUCAAGCCCAAACUGGUGACGGUGAUCCGGAGCGGCGUGAAGCCUCGCAAGGCGGUCCGGAUCCUGCUGAACAAGAAGACGGCGCACUCCUUCGAACAAGUGCUCGCCGACAUCACCGAGGCCAUCAAGCUGGACUCGGGCGCCGUGAAGAGGCUCUACACGCUGGACGGCAAACAGCUGACCUGUCUGCAGGAUUUCUUCGGGGACGAUGACGUCUUCAUGGCGUGCGGGCCGGAGAAGUUCCGCUACGCUCAGGACGACUUUGUGCUCACACACUGCAGCAAAACGCCGGCUUUUGUUAACGAAUGCAAAACCAAAGCAACUCGCUCCACCACCGCAACGAAAACUCCAACUCCCAAGACCCCCAGCGGCUCCGGCUUCUCCUCCUCCUCCUCCUCCAAGACUCCCCCCAAAGGAGGCCUCCCCAGGACAAAGUCUCCAGGCCCAGCCAAUCCAGCUUCAGGAUCCCAGUCGGCGGUGAAGUCGUCCAGGUCCAGCCCCUCCCCCACCAGCCCCGGGACGCCACGCAGCCUCAAGGUGUCUCCUCGUCGAGCCUCCUCCACAGAUGUGAACGGAGAGGCGGAGCAGCCAGACGACACCACGGUGGAAGUGAACGGUAACCGCUCCGUUUCUUCCUCCAUCAUCAACGACAAGUACCAAGUCGGUAAAGUGAUCGGAGACGGAAACUUUGCCGUGGUGAAAGAGUGCGUGGAGAGGUCGACGGGACAGGAGUACGCUCUGAAGAUCAUCGAUAAAGCUCGCUGCUGUGGGAAGGAGCACCUGAUAGAAAACGAAGUGGCGGUGCUGCGGAGGGUUCGCCACCCGAGCAUCAUCCAGCUGAUCGAGGUGGAUGAAACGCCCAGUCAGCUGUUCCUGGUCAUGGAGCUGGUCAAGGGCGGCGACCUGUUCGACGCCAUCACCUCCUCCACAAAGUACAGCGAGCGCGACGCCAGCGCCAUGGUGUUCAACCUGGCCGGAGCCAUCAAGUACCUGCACCGGAUGAACAUCGUCCACCGAGACAUCAAACCAGAGAACCUGCUGGUGUGUGAGUACCCAGACGGCACCAAGUCACUGAAGCUGGGGGACUUUGGUUUGGCGACCGUCGUGGAGGGACCGCUGUACACCGUGUGUGGCACGCCAACAUACGUCGCCCCGGAGAUCAUCGCUGAAACUGGCUAUGGUCUGAAGGUGGAUAUCUGGGCGGCAGGAGUGAUCACCUACAUCCUGCUGUGUGGGUUCCCUCCAUUCAGAAGUGAGAAUAAUGUGCAGGAGGAGUUGUUUGAUCAGAUCCUCAGAGGGAAGCUGGAGUUCCCGUCUCCAGACUGGGACACCAUCAGCCUCCCAGCCAAGAUGCUGAUUAGUCAGAUGCUGCAGGUGAACGUGGACACUCGUUACACUGCCGAGGAGGUCCUGUCUCACCCCUGGGUGACGGAUGAGGCUCCUGUAGACUCCAACACUGUGAGCAGCACUGAAGAACCAACCAGUGGAGAUGCAUUGGAACCAGAGCAGGAAUCCCCAUUACUGGAAACCAAACAAGUUCCCUCACCUCUGGUCUAAAACUCAUCCUCUUCCAUUAACUGGAGGCCAGAUGUAACACUGCAUUUUUGAUCCACUGGAAACCCCAAAUGUUUCCCCACCUCUGGUCAAGUCUCAUCCAGGAAACCAGAGAAGUUCCAUAACAUCUGAUCCAGGACUUCUAAAAUUCCUGUUUUCACCAU